GCGGGGGAAGUAAGCAGCCGCGCGCCAACAGACAGCACGCGUAGAUCGCGCAGUAGUGUUACGCCAUUUAGAAAGAAGGUUAUUGUUGCAAUGAAACGGGAACUGGACUAUCGAUAAAGUGUGUUUGUAUGUCGUUUUGUGGAUAAGUGUUGUGUUUACUUUCACCUGUGCGAAUGUAUCAAUCCUUACCUUUUUAUUUUCAUUUCCUUUUAAUUAUUGCCGCAUGGGAAGGCGGCGCAUACGAUUCAGUUAACUCUUUAUUUUGAAACGAUGGAACGUUGUUCUUAUGGUUUUUACACUAAAAGAUCAGAAAUUCUCGACGGUAUAAAGAAAAAGGAGCAAGAGAAGGAAUCUCCCCAACCGUCUGGCUUCCAGCAGGUGAACAAAGCGGAGAAGGCUCCAGAAGCUCAGAAUGUGUCGGUGAGCCAGCAUGUGCCUCCAACUCAGAAGCUUCUGUCACCAAACCACAGUGCCGGUCAGCCCCCUACAGUCAAGGAUGACAAAGAUAAAUCUAUAAAAGUUUCCAAUUCGACCACAAUAACUAUUAUUGAGAAUGGAAGGUCUGAACUAAACGGAGACAAGGAGAAAGAGGGGAAUUUUCCCAACAACUACUUUACAUUAGAGCCGAAAACAGAUAAGAAAGAUGAUGGUAGCAAAAACAGUAUAACAAUUACAAGAGCAGUGCCUAAACAGUCACCAGUUUCUAAUAACCAGCCUGAUAAGCCAAGGCAAUCUCAGAAACCUAACAAGAGACCAUUGCAGUGCCUUGAGACUCUUGCAGAAAAGGCUGGAAUAACUUUUGAUGACAAAUAUGAAGCUGCCAAUACUCUGUUAGCCUUAGAUAAACAAAACAACUAUAGGAGGCCACCUGAACUGAAGCAACCUAAAACUGAGCCUGAAACUCACAACCCAGAGGAGUUCAGAUAUCGGAAUCAGAAAGAGGAGGAUGACAAGUUACAAAUUCAGCAGCAGAUAAUUCAGCAGCAACUAGCUCAGUUGCAGCAGCAACAGCAACUGGCGCAGUAUCAGCAGCAGCUACAGCAGCAGGCGUUGCAGCGGCAGGCCAUACAGCAGCACAUCAAGAACCAGCACGAUCAGCAGGAGCUGCUACAGAAGCAGUUUGCGCAGCAGCAGCAGCAGCAGCAGCAGCAACAACAACAACAACAACAACAACAGCAGCAGCAACAACAUCAACAGCAGGCACAACAACAACAGCAGCAGGCACAACAACAACAGCAGCAGGCACAACAACAGCAGCAGCAGCAGCAACAACAACACCAACAAAAACAAGAACAACAUCAGUUGCAGCACGGAAAUCAGCAGCAGGACUUGCAACAGCAAAAGUUCUUGCAGGGUGUAAGCGGGCAAUCGGUGCAGCAUACACAACAGUUUAAUGUGCCCGGCAUUGGGGAAGUGAAUUUGUCAUUCCUCACAUCGCCGCACGGGAACUUGACCCUUCUAGACAAGGGUCAGAAGGGCGAUAUUAAGCCGCAGCUGGUGGACGGCCAGACGCUCGUGCUGCACGGGCAGGUGAGCAUGUCGCACGACGCGUCGCACCAGCAGACCGUCACCGUGGUGGCCUCCAUGCCCAGCAGCAUGCACCAGCAGGUGCAGCAGCAGCAGCAGUCGGCGGCCGGCAUCCAGCAGCAGGCCAACAGCAUCUCCACCAUGCCGCCGCUGCAGAGCCUGCCGCCCAACUCGCAGCACCCGCAGCAGAUCAGUGCGGAGUGGGGCCACAGUCGCGUGCAGGUGAUCCAGCAGCCCCUGCAGAACAGCACGUAUCUCCAGCAGCUCUACAACGCGCAAGGUCCACUGCUGAUGCCAGGCAACAUCGCUCUGCACCCCGGGAUCAACUCGCAACAGAUUCAGGUGAUAGCAGCGGGGAAGCCGUUCCAAGGGAACCAGCUGGCGCCGCACAUGAUCACCGCUCAGGGGAAACAAGUGCUUCAGGGACAAGCAACCCCGUUCCCCGGGUAUACGACUAUUCCCGCCAUACCGACGACCCAGAAUCAGACGUUCGUGUUUAGUCCGCUCGGCGUGAUCAACUCCCAGCCAAGCAUACUGCCGGCUCACUCGCAGUCUACCGUCUCAAUUGGACAACAGCAGAAGAAUGAAAUGCAUAAGGUGAUGUCGAGCGGAAAGGCGUCAGGCAAGGCGGGUGGCGGGCAGGUGCCCACGCAGUGCGUGCAGGUCUCGCAGCCCGUGCUGGGGCAGCCGCCUGCGCAGGCGCAGAUCAUCAGCCCGCUGCAGACGGGCGGUCAAACGAUGCAAUUCGCGCCGUGGCAGAUAUCAGGGGCUCUCCCCCAGGUGUGGACUGGGGGCCUGCAAGCGGGCACCCUGCCGGCGGGCGGUCUGUUGGCCCCAAACCCCAUCUUCAUCAGGGGCAGCCAACCCGACCAGUCUAUGUUCAUACAGCAUUCGCCGCAGAAUGUGCAGCAUAACGCAUCAAGCAUGUCAUGCGCCACCCCGACGGGCAGCAAGCCGCGAGCGGACGGCAACAAGCCGCGGCCGCUGUCCACCAUCCUGCCGUCGGCCGGCAUCCGCCCGGCGGCGUCCGUGUCCACGCAGACCAGCGCCGCGCAGCCGCCCAUGUCGAAGCACCGCGGCAAGGCAGGCGUGCGGUCGCCGGCGCCGGCGGCCAAGCAGGACGCAGCCAACCAGACCAACAAGAUGCAGCACCAGAUGCAACAGCCGAAGCAACAGUUGCUAGUGAUGAACUCCGGUCAGAUGACUCCUAUAGCCAGCGUCCAAGACAAGGGCCAGAUGAACAAGAACCUGCAGCAACAGGCGAUGCAGCAGCAGGUCAUGCAACAGGUAAUGCAGCAGCAACAGCAGCAGCAGCAGCAGCAGCAGCUGUUGCAGCAGCAGACGCAGCAGCACAUGUUGCAGCAGUACCAGCAGGGCUGCAUCAACAUGCAGGGCCUCGGGCAGGGCAUGCAGACUAUAUCCAUGUUGCAUCCGCUCGGCGGCAUGGGCCAGCCGGGCUCGCUGGGCGGCCCCAUGCCGCAGCAGCAGCAGGGCACCAUCACACAGGUGCAGACGUUGCAGCAACAGCCGCAGACCCUCGUGCAGGGUGGUCUAGUGCAAACCUCUAUGUCUAUGGCUGUGCAGCAUCAGGCGUCUAUGAACAGUGCUACUUCUAUGCAAACUGUGACCACCAACAUGUCUUCACCACAGCUGACUCUGCAAGCGGGGCAAGGAAUGGUGGCUGCCCCAGUGCAGACGCCGAUGCAACAAGGCCCGCUACUCACGCACGUCAAAACUGAGGAUGAUAAGAGCACUCUGACGCCAGUGCCGCCGGUGCAGAUAGCCCCUCAGCCGGCCGCGGCCCCCGACCCCGCGCCGGAGCCCGCCCCCGCCCCCGCACCCGCCCCCGCGCCCGCCCCCGCCACCGUGGACACGGCUACGUCGACGAUGCCUGGCAAAGUGGAACCUGUUCCUACGAGCGAGCCCGCGCCGCCGCCCGUCUCCGCCGCCGUCACGCCACAGGUGGUGACGACGACGGCGUCGGUGGCCACGUCCGCGGCCGCCACCGUGGCGCCCGUCUCCGCCACGUCCUCGCUGUUCAAGAGCUCAGCUUGCACUAAACACUUCGCGCAGCAGGCUGCUCAUGAUAAGGGCCUUCCGAAGGCGAUGGUGAAACCGAACAUCUUGACGCAUGUCAUCGAGGGAUACGUCAUACAGGAAGCCGGGGAGCCUUUCGCGGUAAACCGCCCGCUGAGAGAAUGGGCGGAUAAAGAAGACAAGGAGAACAAACUGCCAUCGGCCGACGAACCGCCUCGAAAGAAACAGAUGAUGGACUCUGGUGCCAAUGUGGCGCGCAUCACGUCUAGUAAUGAAAGCAACGAGAGCCCAGCUAGCCAGGCGGCCAACGUGAAGUCCGAGCCGACUAGUGCCGCCGCGGACUCAGAGUGCGCCUCCGCCGACGCCGCGCCCAACGCCACCAAGUGGACGGUGUCGGAGGUGUGCGACUUCAUCCGCAACAUCCCGGGCUGUGCCAGCUACGCCGACGACUUCUUACUUCAGGAAGUGGAUGGGGAGGCGCUACUGCUGAUCAAGCCGGAGCACCUGGUCAUGGCUCUGAGCAUGAAGCUGGGGCCGGCGUUGAAGAUUGUUGCGUGUAUUGAUGCCUUGCGACCGGAGGGGGACCAUGCUGCGCCGCAUGACUGAGAUACGGCGUCACAAUCAUUCUCUAUGACAGAGAGUUUCAAAAGUGAAGUUAGUAGCAGUGUGCCGUAGACUAGUUGUGACGGUGCACCUACAACAGUGAAAUAAAAUAUACGUUACUAUGUACAACCUAUAACUAUGUGUAGUUGACUGUCGAAUGCUAUGAUUGGGUUGUGCCCGUUGAUUCCCAGUUAUCUUUCACUAUUCACUAUCUUAAGUAUAGUUUAGUAAGCAUUACAUAGGUGAAUAUUCAAAUUGGAUAUGUCGUCAGAUCCGCCUAACUAGACGUAGAUAGUCGGAUGAUGGAAGGAGUAUAGUACAGCCCAGUUAUCGAAAGCUGGCACGUUCAACUCAUUGACGUUGCGCUUGUGUUCUGUCUGUGAGUAUACAGCGUGAUGUUUUUAGUAUUCAUCCGUCAGUGACAGCCACGUGUGAUCGACGCGCCGCGGGUUUUAAACAUACUGUACACGGAAAUUGCGCAAUGUGUGGGUACUGUGAACGUGCCAACUUUAGUUAACUGGCCUGUACGGUGUAUGUUUUAGUUACAGUCGGCUGCAUUCAACUUAUAUUAGUUUUACUAUUGAUGAAAAUGUAAACCUAUGAUAUUUGUUUGGUUGAAGAGUGGUGUUAUACUGAAACGCUCAUGCUUGUCUUCUGCUACAUAAGUACUGAUUUAAAGUGACAGUAGCUUAGUCGGCAAAGUUCUUUGCAGGCGACUGUAUAUUUCCGAUUUAACUUAAUUAGUAAUUCGAAAGCUGAACAGCGAAAAUCAUAGUAUAACUGUAGAUACAUUGUAAUAUGAAUGGGUAAUCUGUAUCGGAUGAUAGAGUCCGACUAGGAUAACUUUUCAAGGGUUGAUAUAUGGGAGAAUAUUUUUGGUCUGCCAGCCCUAAAUAUAUGAAUAAGAGUAUGAUGUACCACAUCAGUGUCAGUAAUGUAAUUAACUGUUUUUUGGUGUUGUCACUUGUUUCUGUUCUUAAGUUAUAGCUGUCGGACUCUAGCACACACAUCUAUUCGUCAGCAGUGACAUACGAUAACAAACAGUGAGAACAUUCUGUUUGUCACGGGCCCUUUUAGUUAAAAAACAUAAGUGUGUAAAUAUAAAUGGUAUUUGCCUGUACAUUUUUAUAUACUUAACAAAAAUUAACUUUGAAAUACUUAAGUCAAAAAAAAAACAACUGGCAUACAAGUUCAGUAUAAUUUUAGGUUUAAAAAAAUAAUAUACCGGAUAGUACUAUAACGUGAGUCCACAUAUUGCAAUGAUCAACCGCGUCCUAAGUAAACCGUGGAAUCUUACCUUUAUAGUGUUCUAGUUAGGUAUGUUGAUAAUUCAUUGUUUUAGCUAGGGACCUUUCAAAACAAUCACAAGACUUGCAAUACAUAUUUCAUAAUUAUAAACGAUGAUUGUCAUUAUCUUAUGAAAUAAUUAUUAUGAAGUUAUGAUUUAGCUUCGUUACAUUUUUCAAUAUAAAUCCUCGAUGGUCGGCUAUUAUGUUUAUUGAAUAUUAGUUAAUAUUAAUGUUUAUAAUCUAUGGUGCUAAUUAUUUCUUUUUAACUCAAUUUAUCUAAUAUAAUUUAUUAUUUUAAGUAAAUUUUAAGUAGGUUUUAAUGUUUGUUUAAAAUUGCAGUUUUCUAUUUUAUAAGAAGUGUCAAUGGUGUUUUGUUUUAUGUAUCUUAUUCUGUAUGGAUAGAUGUAAAUAUUGUAAUGUAAUACUUAAGUACUUAGCUAUAUAAGUUUUAAUUUGAAUGUUGUAAUGUCUACUACAUACGUAUUACUAAACUUAUAACUUUAUUAAUAAAAUAAAUAUUUAAAUAUUCGCAUACCAAAAACAGGUCAGUAUAAUAUUAACACGUAAACAUAACAUAGAUAUUUUAAUAGAACCUAAUUCACUUAAACAUUUUUUAUUCAUCAAACAGCUAAUCAUUUUGUAGAGUUUUUUUAUAAUAUCAGUGACAGGUUUUUGUUUUAAGGUAGAACCGCACUGAAACGGUGCAAUAGAGUACUUACUUCUACUAUCGAAUGAAGGGAUUUUUUCGAUUAUCUUAUUAAAAAAACGAGUUGGUUUCAAUGAACGAACCUGCCGUGUCUGGCCAUCGUGUGUCACACUUCUUCUAUCCACGUUAAUUACGUCUAUGAUACUAUCGGCACCGUAACGCCAUCUAUGUUUUUUAAUGAGCUCUCAGAAAACUUCCCUUUCGCCUCGGCCUGAUCCCACGCUACUGCGCUGCCCUAGUGCGGUUCAGCCUUUAAUAUUAAGACUUUGUAAAUGUUAAUUGUACUUACAUACAGCAGGCAGUUACAUACAGCAGUAAAGUGUUCAAAAUAUUCAAAUAGAUCUGGUUAAAUGAAAACGUGGAACUAAUGGUUUAAACUGAUUGACAAUGUUAAUUACUUACCGUAUUUUUGUAAGGUAUACCUACCACUGCCAUAGAGUGCUGUAGUCAUGUAAAAUGCUUGGGCUUGGCAUUAAGUACGGGAUUUAUCCUAAAUAUUAUUAUAUUUAUUAUACAUAAUAUACCGAAUAUCGAUUUAUCUCGCGUAAUAUGUAUACGUACGGUCAUGUGCAGAGAAACCUGACCCCUCUCAUAGUAACAAUGCUUCUGAGAGGGGUCUGAUUUAUCUGCCUUAUACUGUACUACGUAAUAGGUACUUAUGAAAGUAAAGCGUAUUCAAUUCUAAUUAUUAAUAAUUAUUAUCAUGAUUGUUAUUAUGAUAGUUUUACAUAGUGCGAUGAUUUUGUGAGUAUCACAAUAAUGUGUAUGAAUUUGUAAUGUUGCAACUUUGCUCAAUUUUUUACAUACAAUAACAAUGUAAUCCGAUGUGAAAAUACGAUGAUACGAAUAAAAAAAUUUGAGACUGA